AGUUGAAACGUUUGACCGUUUCCAAAACCAUAUCUAGUUGCUCGAGUAACUACUUUUUGGGCGUAACCAGGGGGUCAUAUCUGACCCAGAACAAUAGAAUACUUCCGGGUCACAUACUUCCUGUUUACUCGGAAAAUCGAGGCAGACAACGGUUUGGAAAAGUUCCCGAGCUUCCGGAACAAAAAUCACAAAAUAAGCGGCUUUGGAGACAACCUACUGGUGUUUGUGUGCAAGGCUAGUGUUAAACUUUGUUCAGAAGUUGCACUAGAUCCAGAAGGAUGUCAACAACAAGCAGCGCAGAGAGUUUCGGUGACGUCAGGAGAAAGGCGAAAAAGGAUUCUUCUGUGCGAUCUGUCAGAGAGGAAAAACGCUACAGGUGUGAGGAGUGCAGCAAGCAGUUCAGUCAUCUGGGUCAUCUGAAGACACACAUGCGGACUCACACAGGUGAGAAACCCUACACGUGUGAGGAGUGCAGCAGGCAGUUUAGUCAGCUUGGUGCUCUGAAGACUCACAUGAGAUCUCACACAGGGGAAAAACCCUACAAGUGUGAGGAGUGCAGCAAGCAGUUCAGUCAGCUGGGUGAGCUGAAAAAACACAUGCGGACUCACACAGGAGAAAAACCCUAUAAAUGUGAGAAGUGCAGCAAACAGUUUUGUCAGCAGGGUCCUCUGAAAACGCACAUGCGGACACACACUGGAGAGAAACCGUACAAGUGUGAGGACUGCAGCAAGCAGUUUAGUCAGAAGAGUAAUCUGAAGAGCCACAUGCGGACUCACACAGGUGAGAAACCUUACAGGUGUGAGGAGUGCAGUAGGCAGUUCAGUGAGCUGGGUAGUCUAACAAAACAUAUGCGGACUCACACCGGUGAGAAGCCAUACAAGUGUGAGGAGUGCAGCAGGCAGUUCAGUGUGCUGAGUGCUCUGAAGACUCACAUGCGAACUCACACAGGUGAGAAACCCUACAGGUGUGAGAAGUGUAGCAGGCAGUUUAGUGAGCUGGGUAAUCUGAAGGCUCACGUGCGGACUCACACAGGGGAGAAACCCUACAGAUGCGAUGAGUGCAGCAGACAGUUCGGUGUGCUGUGCGAUCUAAAGAAACACAUGCGGACUCACACAGGAGAGAAACCCUACGGUUGUGAGGCGUGCAGCAGGCAGUUCAGUCGUCUGGAUUCUCUGAAGAAACACCUGCGGACUCACACUCGGGAAAACUUAAAGGUAAGUUGCACCAGAUCUAGGAGGAUGUCGACAACAAGCAGUGGCCAGGGUUUGGGUGACGUCAGCAGAAAGGCGAAAAAGGAUUCUUCUGUGCGAUCUACCAAAGAGGAGAAAUGCCACAAGUGUGAGGAGUGUAGCAAGCAGUUCAGUCGGCUGGAUGAUCUAAGGAGGCACAUGCGGACUCACACAGGGGAGAAACCUUACCAGUGUGAGGAGUGCAACAGGCAGUUUAGUCAGCUGGGACAUCUGAAGGCUCACAUGCGAACUCACACAGGUGAGAAACCCUACAGGUGUGAGGAGUGCAGCAAGCAGUUUAGACAGCUGGGUUCUCUAAAGAAACACAUGCGGACUCACACAGGGGAGAAACCCUACAGGUGUGAGGAGUGCAGUAGGCAGUUCAGUCAACUUGAGCAUCUGAAGAGUCACAUACGGACUCACACAGGGGAGAAAUCCUACAGGUGUGAGGAGUGCAGCAUGAGGUUCAGAGAGCUGAUUCAUCUGAAGACACACAAACGGACUCACACAGGUGAGAAACCCUACAGGUGUGAGGAGUGCAGCAGGCAGUUCCGUCAGCGGGGUGUUUUGAAGAAACACAUGCGGACUCACACAGGGGAGAAACCCUACAGGUGUGAGGAGUGCAGUAGGCAGUUCAGUCAGCUGUGUAAUCUGAAGAAACACAUGCGGACUCACACAGGGGAGAAACCCUACAGGUGUGAGGAGUGCAGCAAGCAGUUUAGACAGCUGGGUUCUCUAAAGAAACACAUGCGGACUCAUACGAGGGAGAAACAGGUGUGAGGAGUACUGAUAAAGCCAGCUGGUGGGGAAGUGAAUCAGAUCCGGCAGUUUAGUCAGCAGUUGGAUUUGAAAAAAAGUUACAUGCACUGACACGUUGUUAGGAAAGCCAGUUCAGUUUGUGUUUUGAAGCGCCAGCCUUUUCUGUUAUGGUGUUCAUUUUGAUCUCAUGGAAAUACUUGUGGUUUUCUCAAAUCCAGUUCCCAAGAUGUUAGUUUUGUUACAUUUGUAUCAUAUUCAACUUCAUCUCCUGUUUUGUAACUUCUACGAUGGAAUAUUGUAGAUCUUUUUUAUUGUUUCGUAGCAAACUUUAAGUUAACUGCA